AUGGCAAAGAGCCGCCAGAGGCAAAAGUUUGACCGCCUACUGAUCAGUAAAGAAGUAAUUCGGUCACCGACGACAAACAUUGGAGAUACCAACAUUGAUCGGACAAAGUGGGUUAUGAAUCUCUCUGACCGCCCUCUUUCCGACAGUGAACACUCGGUUCUCAUGAAAGGUCUGAAUUUUAGCGUAACUCCAUCAAAGAUUCCAGUUGAUGAGAUCGUGGCAGCCACUGAACUGGCCUGUAAUCAACUAAAAGAGAAAAGCCAAGCCGAGAGCCUGAGAAAUGAAGUAGUUAAAAUCGUAAGCAAGAGCAAACCCCCAAGACCAAACAUCAGCAGAGCUGAAAGGGAUACCAUUAAGGCGCUGGCGAAAGACGAUUCAAUUGUAAUCUUACUAGCGGACAAAGGGCGCACUACGGUAAUCCUAAACAAACAAGAUUAUCACAACAAGGUGAAGGCUCUCCUAGACGAUACCAAUACGUAUGAAAAAUUAACAUCUGACCCAACCAGAGCCAUCAAAAACAAACUCAUUCAAACCUUGAAGGAGUGGCGCAAAGAAGAGAGAAUCCCUAAUUAUCUUUACAAUCAACUGUACCCCACAGCAGAGAAUGUCCCAAAGUUCUACGGGCUACCCAAGAUUCACAAGAAAGACGUACCGCUACGGCCAAUAGUUUCGAGCAUUGGUAGCGUGAUGUACGACACUGCCAAGUUCCUUGCUAAGAUUAUGAAACCUCUUGUUGGCCUCAACAGUCAUCACAUCGUUAACAGUGAAGACUUUGUCAACAAGAUUGCAGAACUUGAAGUACCCCCUGGACAGAAACUCGUUUCAUACGAUGUUUCCUCACUGUUUACCAGCAUUCCGAUCAAUGAAGCCAUUCCAGUUGUCAGAGCCAAACUGGGAAGUGACCAGAGCUUACCGGACAGAUGCCCGUUAGAUAUCGCCCAAUUAUCUGUUCUACUAGAGAUGUGCCUCUCGAGCACAUACUUUACAUUCCAGGGUGAAUUCUAUAAACAAAAGAAAGGAGCCGCAAUGGGGUCUCCAAUUUCCCCUGUAGUGGCCAAUCUCUACAUGGAACAGUUCGAGAGCAGAGCUCUGGACACCGCCCCCACCCCUCCAACUAUGUGGUAUCGAUAUGUUGAUGACACGAUGGCCAAGAUUCACGAAAACGCCGUCGAUUCCUUCUCAGAACAUCUAAACUCCAUUGACCAACACAUCCAGUUCACUUCGGAACAAGAAAAGGAUGGCAGGAUUCCUUUCCUUGAUACCUGUGUGAGUAUUAACCAAGAUGGUUCUACCAAGAUCUCAGUGCACCGCAAACCUACGCACACGGACCAGUACCUAAACUUCCAGUCAAACCAUCAUCUACAACACAAAAGAGCUGUGGUUAACACCCUGAUGUUGAGAGCUCAGACGUUGGUUACGGAAAACGAGGACAGAACUAGAGAAACACAGCAUGUCAAGCAAGCUCUAAAAAUGAAUAACUAUCCAGAAUGGAUGCUAACAAUACCACAUCCAAAAUCUACAACAGAAGAUACCGAAGAGCCUCAAAACGAGAAGAAAAUCUAUGCAUCAACACCAUACAUCAAAGGUAUCUCGGAAUGCCUGCAAAGAGCGUUCAAGUCACACGAUGUUACACUUAUUCAUAAACCCGUCAAUUCUUUAAGAUCACAAUUGGUACGUGUCAAGGACACAACGGUCAAUCUCAAGAAAUGCGGUACUGUGUACCAGAUCCAUUGUGAGAAGUGUAACAAGGAGUACGUUGGCGAAACGGCCCGCGCUCUGGAAAUCAGAGUGAAAGAACACCAAUCAAGAAGUUCAUCAGCUGUUCACGAGCAUUGUCGCCUAGAGGGCCACUCGGUGGACCCAAAUAAGACAAAAGUACUUUCAACCGAAGUUAAAACCUUCAAACGCAGGAUAAAAGAAGCUAUUCAAAUUAAACUUACGAAACCGGCGUUAAACAGAGACAAUGGUUACGAAUUAGCAGCUAUCUAUGACACAAUUCUAACCCCCAAGACUCCGAGUUUGGAAAAAAUGUUUAACUUUCAUCACAUUUAUAAAUCUGUGUGGACUCAAACUUUGGGAGAGAAACUUAACUGCCGCGAGGAUGAUUGCAAGGAAGCCAAACAACAUGACGAAUAUGCAAUUGGGACGUAUUUGGAAGCUUGUACCGGCACCGAGCUUGUAGGACAUGUGCCAAUGGAACUAUCCUACCUCAUCUAUACAUUUCUGAGAGCAUACGACGAUAAUGAGGUUUCUGCUAAAGUAACAAGAAGGGUCAAGAACAUUCAAAGCGCGGACACCAAGCAGGGCUAUUGCCACGAAGUUGGAGCGGGAGAUUUUGCGGCUGAAAGAACUUUGCGCCCACAUGGACAUUUCAGUUGA